AUGCCAGCAUCUGCGAGUGCCGCAAAUGGCGAAAAGAUAUCCGUCCUUUUUGUUUGUUUGGGCAACAUUUGUCGUUCUACAAUGGCCGAGGGCGUCUUCCAAUCGAUAGUCAAGGAUCCUUCUUCCCCGUAUUACAACCUCAUUGGCACGGUCGAUUCCUGCGGAACAGGUGGUUACCAUAUUGGCGACGAUCCCGAUUCCAGGACAAUGGCGACGCUUCGAGCAAACGGUAUCCGAAACUACCAACAUAGUGCUCGACGGCUUCAAGAUAGCGACUUCAAGAGUUUCGACUACAUCUUCGCCAUGGACAAUAGCAAUCAUAGCGACAUCAAGAGACGGUACAAUUCCAAGGGGGGUGGUGUGAAGGCGAAAGUGAUGCUGUUUGGCGAAUUCUCUGGCACCGACCGCAAAGAAGUCAUACAGGACCCGUACUAUAUCGACGGUGAUGCUUUCGAAAAGACCUACGAGCAAUGCAAAAGAUUCUCGAAGAACUUCUUGGCCGCCACUUUCCCCGACGUCUCGACGACAACGACCUGA